AUGAAAGGGCUCCUUGUGAAAACGUCAAUUAGAACCAUGCUAGGGGAAAUACAUAGCACUACGACACUUGAAGCAAAUAUAACUUCCUCUCUUGAGACAAUUUCCCAAACAAAAUUAGAAACCAUUGUGAUGAACGGAAGUGUUGUGGAAAGAAAGUCUACCAUCGAACUUGUUGAGAAUGUGUAUGAAAUCGGUUGUACUGAAUCAGUGAAUGGAGAAAUUAAGUUUUCAACAAAGAAAAACUUAGCCCAAUCUAAUGUAUUAGGGUUAAUUGCCGAGGGUUCGGAUUUGAUUUUUCAGCGAAUUUUGGUCAAAUCUGCUUUUUCUGUUCCUUUCGAGGUUAUUGGUUUAGAUACAGAUUAUAAUCUAGCCACGGUGUCCUAUAUUGAUCUUGGAGAAAGAAACGUAUCCAUCGGAAAUAGUGAAAUAUCAUUGAGAGGAAUCCAGAGGACUGUGCAUUCUCAAAAAGCCCUUCCGUCAUCCUGGCAAACUUACUUUAUGCAGGACGGCCAUAUGAUACUAAGAAUACAAGUUGGCUCUCCGAUCACCAUAAAGGCGAACGCCAUACCUGAAUUGUUCAAAAAAGAAAUGUAUUUGCCUAAACCAGUCGUCACAAAGGUUUCCUUAAAUUGGGAAGAUGAUCUGGAACUUUAUUCGCGUUUUUUAGACCGAAAGGAUGAAAUCAAAGCUCAAUAUCUUUUAUAUCUGCGCGAUCACCCAGAGAUACAUGAUAUGAUUUCUGACUUUAUUAAAUCAUUAUUACUUCAUAAACCAGAUGAGGUAGUGAAAUACGCUUCAGAAUACUUCAAGAGUUUUUCAGCUCGCGCGUUACCGAGUAGAAUAUUUUCUGUUAAAACUGUAUAA